AUGGCCCCUACAGGAUACCCAACACAGCAGUACCCUGUGGGGCAGUAUCCUAUGCAGGGUGCUAUGCCUGUGGUCCAAGGCUCUUUUGAUCCUGGUGCAAGAUUUAAUGCUGGGGCAACAGUAAAUGUUCCAGUAAGUACGUUAAUACUACUAAGAUGAUGUGACCCUGCCUUGAAGAGUUUGAAGUUACAUGUGUGUUCUCAAGCAUUGUGUGACUGUUAGUUAAUAACCAAUCAAGUUUGUUGUUGUUGUUGUUGUCGUCGUGAAAUAACUGGUUGGACAAAACAAUUGUUAUUGUGAUUCUGGUAGAGUACUAGUGAACUGUUAUUAUUUACAGUCUAUGUCAUAGAAUCUUCUUGUAACCCUUAUUGUUCUGAGAUAAAGAUAAAGGUAAAUCAGUGGUCUCUGGUGGGUAUAACUUCUCCUCUGCCUCUGUCCAGUUGAACAGUGAGCAGCCAAGAACAGAGUACUAAAGUGAUGACAUCAUAAAGAUUAAGUUUCUGAAAUUAUGGGAUUUGUCAGGAUAUUCUGAAAGAACAAUGUCCAAAAGGCCCACUUACCAAAAAUGAGCAUUUCAGGGUAAAUUGUCUCUGAGAUGUUAGCUGGUUAUACCUAGAAAACUCCAUAUAAACUGGUGUAAUUUUUUUCUGGGUCGACCCAAAAAAGGGUUUGUAUUGAAUUCCUUGAUUUCAGAAAUUUCAUUUUUAUGACGUCACACUUUAGUACUCUAUGAUGAUAAUAAAACAAUUUCGUGAACCUUAUAAGGUAAUAAAGAUGUAAUGCCAGUAAGUCUUAGCUUGAGUAAAUAGCCAACAUUUUGCGAUGCCCUUACUGGUUUUCCCCCCUGAAAAUGGGGUCCAAGAAACAAGCACACAAAUUUACCAUUUACUGAUCAUGCAUUACUACCCAAUUAUCAGUAUGAAAUAGGCCUUUUUAAAAAAAUACCUUAAGACUCUUGGUCGCCCCUCCAAAAUUUUGCAUAUAAGCAUUGUUUCUCUUGGGACUUACAAUCACCUCUAGAGAAAUUGAAAACAAAGAGUAUUAUGGUAUUUUUGAAAAAGGCCUAUUUCUAUGCUUGUUCUUUAGACGUCGUUUUGUGGGGUAACCAGUGAUGGAGUCGUGAAAUGUCGGCUGUUUCCUAACGCUAAGUAAGUGGUUGAAUUGUUACAAUCAAAAUUUCAAGUAACCAAAUCAUGAAGGAAAUCAAAAUAUGUUUUAUUACAUCACAAAAUGUUAGCAUGCAUCUAUCACAUUCCAACCCAUCUAAUCUUUAUGCUUUGUUUUAAACAGCCUCCUCCUCCAGGUUAUGCUCCUAAUGCAGCUCAAAUUGCAGCAUCCCAGGGACAGUCUGUUAAUGUACAACAGAGGCAAGCUGGGUGGUUCAGCGGAGGCACUGGUGGAGGAUAUACCUUCUGGUAG